GUAGGCUGCCUCUCAUUUGAUCAUUUUUAAUCACACCCAUGUUUUUUCUCCCCACUACUGUAAAAAUAACCAAACGCAGGCAGAAAUACUUUUUAGGAGCCACCAGAAUAAAUGAUGAGACUCUGAUCUCCCGCUGAGACUUGAAACACUUCCAUGCAGCAGGACAAGGACGCUGAGGAUGUUUGCGUCCUCCGCUGCAGUGCGCCCGCACUCUGGAGAGCUGGUCUGAAAUAGGAGGCAAAACUGCACAACUUGCUUGAGAAAAAGUAACUCACCCAGCCCCAAUUUUCACCUCCGCGGCAUCAUGCAGAGCAACGGCAGCGCCUUCGGACCCCCGACCUCUCUGAGCGUGUGUGGAGAAGAGGAUGAGCGCGAAAUUUCCAAAUUGGUCAGCCCCACGGGAGCAGCCUCCAACCUGGCAACCUUUAACUUCUCUUUGAACUGCUGGCUUCACAUCCUCUCCAAGGAAUCCUCAGUGGACCUGCACGGAGACAGCGCAAACCUGGCAGUGCGAGUUCUCAUAGCUCUGGUUUACCUCGUGGUGUGUGUCCUGGGACUCGUGGGUAACUUCCUGGCGCUCUUCUUGCUCCACUCCCGCCGACGUGGUCGCCACCACUCUUCCAUUGACUGCUUUGUGAUGAGCCUGGCACUGACCGACCUCCAGUUCGUCCUCACCUUGCCUUUCUGGGCCGUGGACACGGUGCUGGACUUCCGCUGGCCCUUCGGCCGGGUCAUGUGUAAGAUCGUGAGCUCGGUCACCACGCUCAACAUGUACGCCAGCGUCUUCUUCCUCACCGCCAUGAGUGUGACCCGCUACCGCUCCCUGGUGACCUCCCUGAAGAUGGAAAGCCCCAGGAUCACCACUGCUCGAGCCAAGUGGGUCAGUUUAGCCAUUUGGGUGGUGUCACUUGUGGCUACGCUGCCUCACACUCUCUACUCCACCACAGUCCAGGUAUCGGCUGACGACGAGCUGUGCCUGGUGCGGUUCUCCGACUCCGACUCAGACUACUGGGAUCCACAAGUCCUGCUUGGACUCUAUCAAACUCAAAAAGUUCUCUUAGGAUUUGUAGUGCCCUUGAUUGUCAUCAGCGUCUGCUACCUCCUCCUCCUGAGGUUCAUCCUGAGCCGACGUGUUGUCAGCAGUGUGGACAGUGGAAGCGUCGGAGAGAGGUCAGAGUGUGAGCGCGGUCGCCACCGCCGCCGCUCCAAAGUCACCCGCUCUGUCACCAUUGUAGUUCUGUCCUUCUUCAUCUGCUGGCUGCCCAACCAGGCUCUCACUCUGUGGGGGGUGUUGAUCAAAUUUGACAUGGUGCCCUUCAGUAAAGCCUUCUACAACGCCCAGGCCUAUGCCUUCCCACUGACCGUGUGUCUGGCUCAUGCAAACAGCUGCCUCAACCCGGUGCUCUACUGCCUGAUCCGACAGGAGUACAGAGCUGGACUGAAGGAGCUCCUGCUGAGAGUUUCGCGCUCUAUCCAAAAUGUCGUCACGCUGGCUCUGAGAGGCAAACGAGUGGAGGAAGCACCGUCCAGUCUCGUCAUCAUACAUAAAGACAUCAACAUGUAACUUAUUCUAUGAGAAGGAACCGUUUGGGGAGGUUUGGGACACGUGCAUAUUUGCGUCUUACUUGCUGAGAGUUUGAUGAGAGGACUAAUCCCAGUUCUCAAGCCUGAAGCUGCAGUUAAAUUAAACAAUUGUAAUUUAUAUAUUAUAUUAACAAUUAAAUAUAUUAGUGAGCUUUUGUGGCCAC